CGCGGUGGUCGGGCCUCCAGGUCUCUGGCUACCCAGCUUUGAGUCUCUUCGCCAUCUCUCCGUGCUUUCGGCAUCAUGUCGGUGCGGACGCUACCGCUGCUCUUCUUGAACUUGGGCGGGGAGAUGCUUUACAUCCUGGACCAGCGGCUGCGGGCCCAGAACAUCCCGGGAGACAAGGCCCGCAGAGUUCUUCAUGACAUCGUCUUAACCAUGUUCAACAAAAGCUUUAUAGAGGAAUUGUUAAAACCCCAAGAGCUGUACUCCAAGAAGGCCCUCAGGACCAUCUAUGACCGCCUGGCUCAUGCCUCCAUUAUGAGACUGAACCAGGCCAGCAUGGAUAAGCUCUAUGACCUGAUGACUAUGGCUUUGAAAUAUCAAGUACUGCUGUGUCCCCGUCCCAAGGAUGUGUUGCUGGUCACUUUCAACCAUUUAGAUACCAUCAAGGGAUUAAUCCAAGACAACCCAGCCCUCCUGCAUCUAGUGGAUGAGACUCUCCGGCAGCUGAUUGAAGUAUACGGGCAUCUCUCUGCGGGGGAGUUCCAGCUGAUCCGGCAGACGCUCCUCACCUUCUUCCAGGACCUGCACAUCCGGGUGUCCAUAUUUCUAAAGGACAAAGUUCAGAAUUCUAAUGGUCGCUUUGUGUUGCCAGUGUCUGGGCCUGUUCCCUGGGGGACUGAAGUUCCCGGACUCAUCAGGAUGUUCAACAACAAAGGCGAAGAAGUGAGGAGGGUGGAAUUCCCGCACGGUGGAAACUAUGUCACCGCGCCAAAGGAAGGUUCUUUUGAAGUUUAUGGAGACCGAGUCCUGAAACUAGGAACGAAUAUGUACAGUGUGAACCGGCCUAUGGAAACCCAUACAUCUGGAACAUCAAAGAACUUAGCUUCACAGACACAGCAAAACAUUGCUCCAAACCCUCUUGCUAAAGAAGAGCUGAAUUUCUUGGCCAAGCUGAUGGGAGGAAUGGAGAUUAAGAAACCCAGUGGCCCUGAGCCAGGAUUCCGGUUGAAUCUCUUUACCACCGACGAAGAGGAAGAACAAGCAGCGCUAACCAGGCCAGAAGAGUUAUCCCAUGAAGUCGUCAACAUACAAGCUACUCAGGACCAGCAAAGGAACCAAGAGCUGGCUCGGAUCAUGGGCGAGUUUGAGGUCAUGGACCAGCCAAGGUGGAGUGCCAACAAGGGGGAUGACUUGCUGGCCAUGAUGGACGAGUUAUAGCCGUGCGGACCGGGCACACCCCUCCGCUGCGGGAGAGGCUGCCUGAUGCGGGCCCUGGGGGGUGCAGAAGGGUGCUGCUAGUUCCCUGCUGAGUGAAGAAGCCAUAGUCCCUUGUUCCUGUUCAUGUGGGAAUGGACUGCUCAAGUCUCUCAGGAAGCACACUCUCUGGAAGGCUCGCACAUACACAUCUGUUCCCACUUUCCUUCUGCUUUAAUGACAACCAUGCAAGCAUCCUGAGCCACAGGUUCAAGCCUCGGAGUUGGUAAGGGGCGCUUCCUGCUUUCCUGUGGGGACCUACAGCUCACCGAUGCCUGUGAAUCGUCACCAAACUUCAGAGCUUUCUAGGAUGGAUCCUGCCUUGUGAGUCUGGAAUAAGUGGAAACGGCAGUUGCCUCAUGCAGUUGGGGCCCAGUUUAGACAGCUCUCCUCUCCCUGGCACCCUGGGAACUGUAACCUCAGGGGCAGGGGAAGCAAGGCCGUGUGAUGGGAGCACGCAUCUGGGUCCCACACAGAGCACGUGGGCACCCGCAGUUCUCUGCACAGCUCUCCAUCCAUACGUGGUGGGGGCUUCUCCCUUAUGGAGAUGCGCACCAAGGAAAUAGUGCUGCAUCCCCAGAGCCUUCCUCGGCCACUUAGUGUCCUUGCCUCCUAAAGACACCCAGCAUGGUGCGCCAGGACACCGUCUCCUCUGCCUCUCCGCCGUGGCCAAGCAGAGCCUUAAGUUGGAUUCAUGGGAGGCGCACGUGGUGAGUCAUUUUACCUCCCGUGUCCCAGAUGAGCUACUUCCCUGGGCUCAAUGCCAAGUGUAAUUGGGAUCCACGUAAAAUAUCAGACCGGGGCUGCCUUCAUUGUUUCAGGAAGGCCUGGGACUGAGUAACUGGUGGGCUCAGGGCCAGCUAAUGUCCAGAGGUCAAGGUCCAUCAGCCCUGUGAAGGAAUAUCCAGAAUGGCAGAGGGUAGGAGAGAAACGGAGCUGCGACGGUCAUCGCCUGAGAUUGGACCAACCACAGGGAGCACUCGGGCCCUCGCACCCUGGCAAGAGGGGAGGCAUACACUUCUGGAAUGUGAGGGCCAGGGAAGCUGUCCCUUAGCUUGCCUAGUGUUUGGUCACCGACAGGUAAAUCACCAAAUAAAUGUAAUUUGCCGCCUGCCCGUGAAAGUUACACUUCCUUGCCUACAAAGACGCCCCGAAAGGUCCUUUGGGGAGGAGAGACGUUUACUGUAAAACACCUGUUACAGGCUUGCAAACUGCCUUCUCCUUUAGUCGCUUUCAAGCACUCCGGGUGCUGGAUGGAAGGGAAGCUUCUGUCCAGUUCUGGGUCUGGCUCCACCGCGCUGCCACAAACCUGAACUUCACUUCUGCUCUGAGCCUGUCCCGGGACCUUGGAGGUUGGCCACAAGCUGCUGAGAAGCAGCAGCCUCCUCCCUCCACCUACUGCAGAGCGAUGCCGAGGGUUUCAAAUGUAUCUGUCCUCUCGGUAAAUAAACAAGAUACGGAUCUC